AUGCGCAGAUGGUUAUUAGUUUUAUUGUUGUAUGGCCCAGUGGGCGCGCUACGUGAAGUCUUUUUCGCACCGCCGUACAUGGCCCAACCUAUCCCAUCUUCCGGAGGUCCACACAAUGUUGAGACUCAGCUCAGAACCAGUGACGUUGAGAAUGAGAUUGAUUCCGGUUGCACAGCCCUAGAUCAGCAGCGAAUUAGACAAUGUGCAGACCCUCUGUAUUCGAUCGGAGCGCUUUCUGAAGAAGGAGAGGAUACUGUAACUCUCACCUGGGAUCACUUUGUCACUCGAACACAGGACUACUUUAGUCAAGUCUGCGACAAUUUCUACAUCUUCGAUAUGUGCAUCGAGCCAUAUAAAGACAUUUGCUUCUCAGAGGAUCCGGUUCGGCAUAAAUAUCAAACAGCGAUUAAGCUAUUGGACUUUCUUUGUCGCGACGGCUAUAGUGACAUGAUCCGUAACUUUGAAUGCUUCACGCGCACGUUGACAAGAGCUGAAAUGAUGCAGUGCCAGGCCGAAAUGGUUGCCGACACCCGGAAAAUCCCGCCAACCGAAGAAAUUGGGCAUAUGGGCCAACAGGCGGCCAUUUGCGGAGCCGUCCGUAACUAUGUCGAUUGUAUCAAAUUGCCAAUACGCUAUGAAUGCGGCUAUCGUGCUUGGCAUCUUGUAAAAGAGUUGGUCGUUCGCCCAACCGCUUCCCUACUACCACAAUGCGAUAUCGUCUACAACAGCUCAAAUAAUUUGCUUCUGUCAUCGGUCCUUUCUCUGUUCCCCAUCAUCCAUCGUCUUUUU